UACCUGGAACAGUAAUCUGAGUUGACGUCUGACUUGCGACCUUUAUAUAUACACAAUCUAUGGUUGCGACACCGCUGAGUUGAACAGGCAGUGGCAGUCUAAACUUCAUAACACAGAACGGAGAGCUUCGAAACUGCAGCCAACAUGGAAUUGUCAACAAACUUUUCCCAGGUUGUGUUUCAGGAAAUCCCCAACUCAUAUGUGUCAAAUGUUGCCUUGACUUGCUGCUACACUCUGACAGCAGCAAUCCAACCGAAUCCCAGAGACUGGGUGGGGAUAUUCAAGGUGGGCUGGAGCACCACAAAGGAUUAUCACACAUUUGUGUGGGUAGAACCAUCAUUGGAUCUGAUAGGACUGGAGCCAGUCAGAAAAAAAGUGCUUUUUACUGCAUACUACUUGCCAAAGGAUGACUCAGCGUUCUAUCAGUUCUGCUAUGUUGAUAGCAAUGGCCAAGUGAGAGGAGCCAGCACCCCCUUCUGUUUUAAAACCCCAGGGGAACAAAGCACAGACUGCAGCCUUGAAAAUGACCUCUUGGUUAUCAUAACUCAGGAAAAAGUAGAGCAACGUGAGAGGGAGAAAGAAGAGCUGGUCAUGGAGUUGGGGCAACUGAAAGAACAAAAUGAGACUCUGAGAAGUGCUCUGAAAGAGCAACAGCAAGAGAUUGAUCACCUCAAGCUGUCAAAUGAGGAACUAUACCAGGCAGAUGGGAACACGGAGAAUGCAAGAAAGCAUGAAGAACUGACACAGAACACUAAACUAAUGGAUGACUCACACAGAGGGCAGGAGGAACAGGUGGACAAAAGUGAGAGGGAGAAAGAAGAGCUGACCAUGGAGUUGGGGCAACUGAAAGAGCAAAAUGAGAGCCUGACAUGUGCCCUAAAGGAGCAGCAACAAGAGAUUGAUCACCUCAAGGAAUCCAAAAAGGAACUGGUACAGUUAGUGAGCAAACUGGAGAAACAGCAAGAGAAUACUAGAGAGCAUGAAGAACUGGCACAGAAUUUCAAAUCAUUGGAUGAAUCACAGAGAGGACAGGAGUCUCUGACUCCUAUUUGUGAGAAAUAUGAAAGAGCGUUGAUCAAGAUCAAACAGCUAAAGAAAGAACGAGAGGUGUUAAGAGGAAAGGUUGAGGUCCAGAUUGUGGAGAUCGCACAGCUGAGCCCAAGGCUCAAAGAAUCUGAGCGGGAGUCACACAGACUGAAGGCUCACAUUCAGCUUUUACAGGUGGAUCUCCAGAGCAGUAAGAAAGAGAAGAAGUGUUCUGCCCUAAAGGAGCAACAGCAACAGGAAUCCAAAGAGGAACUGGUACAGUUAGUGAGCAAACUGGAGCAGCAGCAACAGAAUACUAGAGAGCAUGAAGAACUGGCGCAGAAUGCCAAAUCAAUGGAUGAAUCACAGAGAGGACAGGAGUCUCUGACAACUAUUUGUGAGAAAUAUGAACAAGCGUUGAUCAAGAUCAAACAGCUGAAGAAGGAGGGAGAGGAGUUGAAAGGAAAGAUUGAGGUCCAAAGUGUGGAAAUUGCAUCGCUGAGCCCAAGGCUCAAAGAAUCUGAGCAAGAGUCCCACAAACUGAAGGAUCAUAUUCAGCUUCUACAGGUGGAUCUCCAGAGCAGUGAGAAAGAGAAGGAGAAGCUUUCUGCAGCGCUGCACAGAGUGUGUGGUGUCACACAUGAUCUACAUGACCUGAAGACUGGGAACAAGGCAUUACGUAGAAGCCUGUCAGAGCAGGAGCAGCAGCCACUGCAGAUGGUGGACAGUGAUUGGAAGGAGCAAUACCAAGCCCUUCUUGGUCAGCUGGAGGAGGCUCAGACACUGUUGCACAAGGAGUUGCAGGCUUCCAACAAUACCCGCAAACGUGCAGAGCAAGCAGAAAGGGAACUGGAGGAGCUCAAGGAGUGCAUGGAGAGCACGGCCAUGACGUCUGAUCAGACAAAGCAGAAGAGCAGCAAACUAGAGAUGCAACUUUCAGAGUUAAACAAAAUCAUUGAGGAGAAAGAAAACAUGGCAGAGAUCGCUAAAGUAGAGAAAGAGGAGUUGUCCAGAGAGAAUCAGGAUCUCAAAAGAGAUAUUGAAAGACUUCGCAAGGAAGUUGAUGAUGUCCAGGCUGCUCCAGUGCCCAUGCAGCAUCCCAACCCUUAUGGCUCUUCAACUGACCCUACCCCCAAUAAGGAGCAGCAGCAAGAGGCACUGGCUGACUCUCUCCACUCUUGGAACCCAUAUGAAACCCCAGGCACGGCUACAAACCUGGAGGAAGAGUUGUCCUUGGAGUGUCGUCACUGCCAUGAGUCCUUCCCUGGCAUCACCCGGGACGAGCUGGAGCUGCACGAGCACAGCCACAGAGUGUGCCCCUUCUGCAUGCUCAUCUGUGACGGAAUGGAACAGGCUUUAUAUGAAGACCACGUCUACAGCCAUGAGGUGUAGAAAUGCCACUUCCUCACAACCCAGAGAGUUGUUUGUGAGUUGACUACUCAUAAAAAAAGCUGAUACUCUACUAAUUAUUUAGUAGGGGGAAUAAAUAUGGGCUAACAAUCAAUUCAGGAUAUUAUAUAAAUAACAUUUAUAGUCCCUUGUUCAUUACUGUAAAUGUCCUCUUACCUGGUCAAAUAAGUUAAGAAUUAAAUGUCUGGUAAAUCCGUAGCUAAUUUAUUUCGCCUGAAAUGUAUCAUUACCAUAUAAGAUAUUUGUUUGAUGGCACUUCAUUUUGGUCUUGGAGUAGAAUUUGCCUCCAUUGCUGGGUGAUAGGAAUGUAUUGCUUUGCUAUUUAAUGGUUACCCAUAUUUACUCCGUUAUAAUCUCUGCUGAACUGUUUACUUAGCGUAAUUAAACUAAACUGACUUUCUGCCCUUAAAUCUCCUGCAUGCAUAACGUGUUGCAUAAUAGAGUCAAACGAUUAAUGGUCAAAUGAUGCCAUCUGAAAAUGAAAUGGUUCAAAGGGGAUUCAUGUGGGAAGCAACAAAUAAAGUUGUCUUCACAGUUGUGUCGUCAUGGAAGUA